AUGUCUAGUUGUGAAAUAUUCGAAAAAUUAGGCAUGUUCGAAGAGUGUGUUGAGUGUUUAUAAACUGCUGGUCAUAUAGACAAAGCUAAAAAUUAGCUGAAUAACAUUUUAAAUAUCAAAGCAUUCCAAAAAGCUGUUGCUAUUAAUAAAUAUACACCCGACCCUUGGUUUACUAUGGGUUGUGCUUAUAUGAAACUAAAUGACUUAAAAAACGCCACAAAUUGUUUUUCAACAGUAGUAAGUAUAGACGAAUAAUAAGGUGAAUCUUGGGCAAAUCUAUCUGGUUGUUUAAUGAAAUAAGGCAAAAAAUUAGAAGCUUAUUCAACCCUAGACCAAGCCGUCAAAUACUGCGAAAGAAACUGGAGAAUAUGGUAAAAUUUACUCUAUAUAUCUCUAUCUAAUAAAAAAUUUUACAAAUAUUUCGAGUGUAUAGAAAGAAUAACAGGACUAGGACAUAAAGACGUGGUUGAUUUUGAAGCUUUAAGCUAAGCUUAUAAAAAUGUCUAAAAGGAAAAUAUAAUUGUUGAAUUGAAAAUAUUUUUGAAAUCUAUUAAAGGUAUUUUGGAAACUAAUUUAGAAAAAUAAAUUGAAUUUGAUAUAUGA